AUGAUGGAUACUAGUCGGUGGUUUCGUGAUUUGGUCGCUUGUAGGAAAUAUCCCACAUUUAACGCAUUUCAGCAAUGUCUUCGAGCUUUUCAAGAGUUCUCGAGCCUUCCUGUGAAUUGCUUGUAUAGAACUCCCAAGAUAGGGUGUAAUUCUAUCAUAGUUUUACGCGCCGAAAAUAAUCUACUGCGUGUUGUUCGGUUCGAUAUGCGUCAUUGCCAUGUAGUCGGUCGCGAAUAUGUUGAAUGCUUGCCGAUGCCUCCAAGAAAAUGCUUAAAAUCGCUGGAACCCAACCAUCCACUUGAAAACUCCAGUUCAGUAGGUUCAGCCCCGGAUGAGCCCUUGGUACCGCGAUCCAGGUCCUCUCUCACCCGCGAAGAAAAGUUUGAAAUAAUCUCACCACAUCUCAAUCACCUUGCAGAUUUUGUUUGCAACCGUGAUGACGUUCAUUUCUAUCGCACCUUGGAGGUGAUUCAGUCCAUAUACGAGGAUUGGGACGACCUACCUUCGCGACAACGGCUGAUCGCUCUUGAUCCUCAGGAGCAUAGCAAUAAUAGUUUGUCCGGAGGUCGUAUCGAUGUUGUUUCAGCGUAA